CACACCUCAAUCCUGCUUCUGCACAUCUGGAACAAACUUUUUUUUUUUUUUUAAGCUUCCCUGUGUGUUUGUCCUGCUGUUUCUUCUGAGCGCUGAGUGUGUCGGCAUGCUGCUGACCGUGCUGAGCUGGCUCUGCUCCUUCGUGCUGGCGUCUGUCGGCGGGGGAAAGCUGCCCGAGGCCGAGGUGAAGAUAGACGUUUUGCACAGACCUUUCCUCUGUCACCGAAAAUCAAAGUAUGGAGACAUUCUGCUGGUGCAUCAUGAGGGAUACUUUGAGAAUGGGACCAUGUUUCACUCCAGUCGAACCUACGGUGACAAGCAGCCAAUGUGGUUCACGCUGGGCAUCAGAGAAGCGAUCCAAGGCUGGGAUAAAGGCCUGCAGGACAUGUGCUCUGGAGAGAAGAGGAAACUGGUCAUACCUCCAGCCCUAGCCUAUGGGAAAGAAGGGAAAGGUAAGAUCCCGCCUGAAAGUACACUGACCUUUAUCGUCGAGGUGCUUGAGAUCAGAAACGGACCAAGAUCACAUGAGUCCUUCCAGGAGAUGGACCUCAACAAUGAUUGGAGACUCUCCAAGCAUGAGGUCAAGGAAUACCUGAGGAAGGAGUUUGAGCGUCACGGCUACCCUCCCAACGACACUCUACAUGAGAACAUGGCAGAGGACAUCUUUGCCAAAGAGGAUGAGAACAAAGAUGGCUUUAUAUCCUCCAGAGAGUUCACAUACAAACACGAUGAACUUUAAAGUCUCUCCCAGUCCCCCCCACGACGUGCUCACUCAUGGUUCAUGGUGGAAGAUACUUUGGUGCAGAGUUUAUUACGAAGAUUCUCUCAGGUUAGCUGACAUUUUAUAGAAGCUUUGUUGUAAUGUUAUUAAAUUUGGCUGUGAAAUUCCCCUUAAUCAAAAUCUAAUGUUUUUCUUUAUAAAAUGUUCCCAGAUUUAUGCAGCUUAAUGUUUGUGGGUCAGUUUUGAAAUAGGGUUCUUGAUCAGGUUUAUGUUUAAUUGCACUGACUAGACUGCGAGUGUUUAGUUGUGAAAAUGUGAACUUUGGUAUUUUUCAAUUUUUAUUUAGCAAUAAACAUUGCUAAAUAAAAAUUGGGGGGGGGGGGGUGCGUUAGGGUAUAAUUGGCUUUUUUUCAUGAUGGAUUACAUGACUUCUCAUAACAGGAUCAGCAGGUGUAGCUAAUAACAUUCAAGCUCAAUUCCAUUUAAUUGCUCCCAGUAAUUGAGGCUGUGGUACUGGUACACCUAAAAAGAAUCCAGCUAUUAAUAAUGUUAUUAGAGGCAGCUCUGUCUGACAAGUCUGAAUAUCCGUGAGAAAGGUACAGUGCACAUGUAUACAUUAGUGUCAGCACUGAAAGGAUAUUGUUCAUCCCUAUUCCACUGAUUUUUCAAACUUGCAUACACAUAAAGAAAUAUCCAUCCUAUAUAAUAUAUAGGAUGGAUAUUAAAAUUGGUAUUUUUACAUUUCUGCUGACAAAGAAUAAUUCUCUCUAUAUUAAAGGGUCCAGAGAAGAAUAAUGUGAAGGGGACAAGGGGGAUUAAGUGUGCUUGUUAUUUUUCAAAGUGUGCUGGAGGCUGUUUUGAGAUUUUCCCACAGUGCCGACAAGAAUCCAGACCGUCCUGUUUCUACAGCUUUGGGAUUGGCACUGUUCAUGUAAACACGUCGCGACUAAACUCAAUAAGCAAAUGACUGGUCUGAUUUGGUUAUUUUUGUAGAUUUGUUUUCAAUAAAUGUGGUCAAUAAAGUGACUUUCAAC